AAGCGUCACUUCCUGGGGUAGCGGGCGGGCAGGUGCGGUGCUCGGAGCGGAGAUGAGCGCGGAGCCGGACGGAGUCUCGCUUCGUUCCUCCUCGUCCUCGUCGGGUUCGCUGGGUUCGGCUGCGGGGCCGGCGCUGCGGCCGCUGUCGGCCAACGUGCGGCGGCUGCACCAGGCGCUGACGGCGUUACUGAGCGAGGCGGAACGGGAGCGUUUCAUCCUCUGUCUCAAUGCCUACCACGGCCGUCGGAACGUCUGCGAUCUGGUGCGCUCACUCCGCGCUCUCCUCGACGGGCCCCGACGGCGGCAGCUGCUGCCUCUAUUGCGCCUGGUAUUGCCGCGAUCCGACCAGCUGCUCUUCGACCAAUACACGGCUGAGGGGCCAUAUCUGCCGCCCCCCGGCCGCCCCCCGCCCCCUCCGGGUGAGCUGCGCCAGGUGACGCUGCGCCGGAGUAAAGCCCACGAGGGUUUGGGCUUCAGCAUCCGCGGUGGAGCCGAACACGGUGUCGGGAUCUACGUGUCGUUGGUGGAGCCCGGUUCGUUGGCUGAACGGGAGGGAUUGAGAGUCGGGGAUCAGAUCCUGGGGGUGAACGGGAAGCCGCUGGACAGAGUGACACACGCCGAGGCCGUCAAGGUCCUGAAAGGCUGCAAGAAGCUGAACCUGUCUGUCCAUUCAGUGGGACGCAUCCCGGGGGGUUACGUCACCAACCACAUCUACACAUGGGUGGACCCACAGGGCCGCAGUGUGUCCCCCCCCACGGGGCUGCCUCACCAUCAGAACAGCUCACUGCGCAAAGAUGGAGAGAAGAGGAGCCACCUCCAGCUCCUGCAGGAGGGAGAUGAGAAAAAGGUGAACCUGGUCCUGAAUGAGGGGAAGUCCCUGGGGCUCAUGAUCCGAGGAGGGGCAGAGUAUUCCUUGGGCAUCUACAUCACCGGUGUGGACAAAGGCUCCGAAGCAGAGAGCACUGGCUUGAAGGUAGGAGACCAGAUCCUGGAGGUGAAUGGCAGGAGCUUCCUCAGCAUCCCCCACGAUGAGGCAGUGAAGCUGCUCAAGUCCUCCCGCCACCUCAUUAUGACAGUGAAGGACAUUGGGAGGCUGCCCCAUGCCCGCACCACUGUGGAUGAGACCAGAUGGAUAGCAAGCUCCCAGAUCGGAGAGACCCUCGUUGGCUCCACGGGGGUGGUGGGUGAUCACGCUGCGGAUGCAACAGCCAGGCCCGUGUUCUACCGAGGCCUGGCUGGCUCGCAGGUGACACUGAGCAGCAUGGUGAACCAGACCCGUGUCAUGCUGGAGGAGCAGGCGAGGCACCUGUUGAAUGAGCAGGAGCGAGCCACCAUGGGCUACUACCUGGAUGAGUAUAAGGAAGGCCACAUCUCCGUGGAUGCUCUGGUCAUGGCACUCUUUGAGCUGCUCAACACGCACGCAAAGUUCUCACUGCUCUCAGAGGUGAGGGGUGUGAUCUCCCCACAAGACCUCGAUCGUUUUGACAACCUGGUAUUGAAGAGAGAGAUUGAGUCCAUGAAAGCCCGGCAGCCCGCAGGACCCAGCGUCGGCACCGACUCCUACUCCAUGAUGUCCUACAGUGACACCAUCUCUUCCUCCAGCAGCCACUUCACCUCCACCACUGUCAGCUCAGCCCGGGAGCGGCUCUUGUGGCUAAUAGACCUGAUGGAGAACACAUCAGAAUUGGAGGGAGGUGAAGACUGUCAGCAGAGCAGCAUCAACACCCUGCCAGACAUCUCUCUGGAUGAUCUCUCGUCCUUCCCAGAAGAACCACCCAAUUUCAAGCCUCCUCCUCCUCCCACAGCCCCCCAGAUGCUCGACCCCUCCACUGCCCAGCACAGGAACCCGGGGAAGGACAAACCCAAACGCCCUUCUUCCGAGUCCUCCCAGUCAGGCCUCUUCUUUGUAGCCCCCCGAAACCCCACACCCCCUCCAAGCCACUCUGAGAAGGACACCAUCAGUGUGGCCUCCACCACCACCACCUCCACCGAUGAGUCCUCCCCGAGCGCCAUCUAUGCCACCAUUUCCCCAGCCCCGCGUGGCUCCCGACGGCAAAUGGACCCCCAGCUCUCCCUGCUCAGCCAUCCCCCCAUCGGCCCCUUCCCCAGGGUGCAGUCCCCCACCAAGCUGACCAGCCCUCCUGCAGAUGGCCCCACAGCUGCUGGCUGCCAUAGCCCUGCAUCCCCAUCCCCACCUCCACCCCCAGCCCACCCCGCUCCCCCACCACCCAGCCCACAGGCCAACCAGCACUUCAUCAUGGUGGAGGUGCACCAACCCAACAGCGAGCCCGAUGUCAAUGAAGUGAGGCCUUUGCCACAGGCUCGAGCCUCCACGCUCUCCCAGCUGUCAGACAGCGGGCAGACCCUCAGUGAGGACAGUGGGGUGGACAUCGGCGAGGUGGAGGCCAGCAGCAAGGACAAGAGCAGGCAGCCGGUCCUUGGGAAAAGCCGAAGCCUCAAGGAGGGCACAAGGAGUGAGGGGACAGCAGAAGGGGCUUCCAAGCCGCCCGGGCUCCUGGAGCCCACCUCGUGUCUGAUCCGAGUGUCCAAGAGCGCCCCGACCUUGGGAAUCGCCAUCGAGGGCGGAGCGAACACACGGCAGCCGCUGCCUCGUAUCGUCACCAUACAGCGCGGUGGCUCAGCUCACAACUGCGGGCAAUUGAAGGUGGGUCACGUCAUCCUGGAGGUGAACGGGACGGGGCUGCGGGGCAAGGAGCAUCGCGAGGCAGCCCGCAUCAUCGCCGAGGCUUUUAAGCUGAAAGAGAAGGACUACAUCGAUUUCCUGGUCACAGAAUUCAACGUCGCCCUUUAGGAGCCAUUUGGGACCGGGGGGCACCCGGAUGGGGUUGGGGGGGCUACGGUGUGUCCCCUUCUUCCCCUAUUGCUGCAUCGCAACGCACACGCAGAAUCCCACACCGUGCCCAGAUGUUGGGGGCUGAGAACGGACAGACUCAAACCCAUUUGGGGCAGGGGUACCCGAUGACCGGGGGGGGGUUGUGGGGUGGGGGGUCCCCGCGGUCAUUGUGGUGCCAGAUGGGGGAGGAGGAGGUGGAAGGGUGAGCAGCCGGACGCCUUGUGACUCGCUGCCGCUGUCAUUGUAUUUAUACACAGAGCUUGGCUUUAGUUUUUCAAUAAACGGGCGGUUAUAGGGCGGUAUUAGGGUUGUCUAUAGGGCCGCCAGGGGGUGCUGGCCGCCUCACCCGGCUUAUGCAAAUGAAUGUAAAGACGCGGUCUUUAUGCUAA